ACUAUAAACAGUGACCUCUCCAUCCCUCACAACACAAGUUAACUGUCUCCUAAUUCUGCCACUUUCAUAUUUUCAGAACUUUGCUCCCUUCCAAAGUUCUCACACAUAUCAAUGGAAAAUAGUGAAGAUGGCUCAAACUCCAAGGGUAUGUGUGAGAAGAUCUUCAGUUCUCUCUGCCUAAAUUUUCAAACAAAUCAUCACGGUCACGGACACCACAAACUAGAGCCAACUCCUACCUCUGCUGCCCCAAACACUUCACUGCCAGUGCCAACCCAUGAUCAUACUGGCUAUUCUAACAGUGUCCAGAUCAAACUAACCAAUGUGUCUGGAGCUGAACCUGCGCCAACUGGAAUGCCACAAAUGCCAAAGGCAGAGAUGAGCAUGGCCAACAAUGAUGCAUUCUCUGAGUACAUUAAUCGCACAAAAUUUAAGAUUAGAGCUAUGUCCUCUAAUGUUGGCAUCGAGAAGGUUGCUUCCAGAGCAGGUGAUGUUUAUGAAACAAAGCAAGACGAUAAUGAAAAAGAUAUGUUUACGGAUUUUGUUAAUCGCGCUAAGUUUAAGAUUAGAAAGACAUCUAGCAUUGGAAGCAGAAGGAAUAUCUCCUUUAAGAAGUAGAAGACUCCAAGUCUACAACUAUACGAGGUCUUGAUGAAUAAUGGCAUGGUGGUGAUUGCCAGUAAAUGAUCUCUCUGUUCUUUUGCAGGAUAAGCUAAUCGAGGCCAGCAUGUUCAUUAAUUUCUCUCUCUCUCUCUCUCUCUCUCUCUCUCUCUCUCUCUCUCUCUCUCAUAUUUCUGCCCUGGUAGCAUAUGCUAUACAGGUUUUGUGAUGUUAUUGGAUUUUCCUGUAUGUUCUUCUUGAGUCAAUUAUAUUAAAUCGUUUGUUCUUCAAGUGGUUCUUGACCUCAUGU